AGCAGCAUUCUAUAUCUUGUGAAACUUUAGAAAACUGCUGGAAAAUGUUUGAGCCGUUUAUUUUCUUCUGUUUGUGCUUGUGGAGUCUGACUGGUGUGUUUGGUGUUGAUGAAGUGAAGUCAGUGUCAGUGAUGGAGGGAGAUUCUGUCACUCUGAACAUUGGUGGUACUGAUAUACAGAUAAACAAUGUGACUGAGUGGUUUGGACCAGAAGACAGUCUCAUAGUUAAAAUCACCAUACAGAACAAUAUGAGCAAGAUUCAUAAUGAUGAUAGAUCUAGAGGCAGACUGAAACUGGAUCAGAAUGGAUCUUUGAUAAUCACAAACACCAGAACCACAGACUCUGGAGUUUAUAAAGUAACCAGCAACAGCCCAGGGACACGGCUAAAAAUAUUCAAUCUUACUGUCCAUGCUUAUCUGCCGAUCCCUGUCAUCACCAUUUACUGUCCACAAAACUCUUCAUCAUGUGUGCUGGUGUGUUCAGUGGUGAAUGUGGCUCAUUCCACUCUCUCCUGGUACAAAGGAAACCGUUUAUUGUCCAGCAUCAGUGUGUCUGAACUCAGAAAAAGUCUCUCUGUACCUCUGGAGGUGGAAUAUCAGGAUAAAAACACAUACAGCUGUGUGAUUAACAAUGCCAUCAACAACCAGACCACACAUCUGGACAUCACUCAACUCUGUUACACAUGUCCAGACUGCAUCGACUGUUGCGGUUCAACUGAAGCUGUGAUUCGAUUGGCUCUCUCUGCUCUGGUGGGCGUGGCUACUGUUGGUGUGCUGGUUUAUGAAUUCAGAUCCAGUCUUCAACAAAAGAGAAAACAGCAGACAUUGGUAUCAAACUCUGAUUAAUCAGAUAGUCAGGAAGGUGGUAUAUAGUAUUAGUAUAGUAUUAUAUAGUAUAGUAUUAGUAUAGUAUAUAGUAUUAUAGUGGUUCAACGCAUUAUAUUGUUUUUUGUUGUUGUUGUUGUUUUUUAAGUCAUAGAUCUGAUCAUUAUUUCGGAUAAGCAAGAAAAAAAUAUUUAAAGCACAAUGACAAUGCUGUGAAGUGUUUUUGACAUAAGCUAAUUUAAUCUGUUGCUAGAUACAUGCAACUCUGUAUCCACGCUGUCUGAAACACGUCUCUAUAUGCUUGUGCGUGCUUUGAUUGUGUGCGAGAACAGCGUGUGAGUAUCGAAUUGAGCUCUCUCUCUCGUUCUUAUUCUUAUGAUUUAAAAUAGUUUGAACAUGUAGAUUGGCAAAUUAAUCUACGAAUCACAUGCGUGCUGAACAGUAUAGGGCCCCCUUCCUCAAAUUUUGCCCUGGAAGUCUAAUGCGCUGCAGAGUUUAGCUCCAACCCUGAUCAAAGUCACCUGCCUGUGAUUUUAGAAUGAUCCCAAAGACAUUGAUUAGCAUUGAUCAGCAUGCUCAGGCGUGUUUGAUCAGAGCUAAACUCUGCAGGAAAGUGGAUCUCGAGGUCCAGAUUUGAGGAUCCCUUGUAUAGGGUCUCGUCUGUACGUAUCAUGGUUCAACUGCGAUCCGUUUAACCCCUAAUAUGUGACAGAUCAGAGCAGAAAAUAUCUUUCAUUUACUUAUUUAACAUGAAAUCGUCAAAUUGCUGCUCCAUAUCAAUUGCAUACAAGUUUUGGUUCCAUAAAGAACCUCUUACCUUUUUAUAAUCGGAAGAACCUUCGCCAUGAAUAACCUUUUGUGAAACAGAAAGGCUCUUCAGAUAUUACAGAUUCUUUAUGGAACCAUUUAGACAAAAAAAGGUUCUUUAUGGCAUCGUGAAGCACCUUUACUUUUAAGAGUGUUGUUUACCCUGAUUUUAACCCCGUUUCACACUUCACACUAAAUUAAAACCCCAUAGACCAACUAAACUGCCAACGUCAGCUGUAUCAAUAAAUCAAUGUAAGAUGUGUUCUUACACAAAACUAAUCAGUUGAGAGCGGAUGAGAGAGAAGACCUGCAAGUGAACUUUAACAUAAACACGCUGCGUUUAAUGUGCUGCUGAUAAAAUAAGUGCUUGUAAGCAAUUCUGCAGGAAGCUGAAGAUCUCAUCAGCCAAAGGCGACAAUUAUGACACAUUUUUUCUGCUUUUUGUAUGUAGAAGUGUGUGAGAGAGAUGAAGUAUGACAACCAGAGCAGAUACCGACCACUGCAUUGGAAAAGGUUGUUUUUAAUACUGAAAAAUGACAUUUACAUCUGUUUUAUAUCUGAUCAUCCCCAGUUAACAAAAUAUAUUCUAAGAACAUUUUGCUAACAGUUUGCUAAUUAUCAAAUAAAUGUUUUCUGAAUGGCCAGUUUUGCAAAUGUUUUAAAAACUUUUUAUAAUUUUACUUUUAUACUUUUGCAAACAUUGUUUUGGAGUGUUAUUUUGUUCCCUGAACAUCCCGAAACAAGUGGAAACAUUAGAAAAAUGAUCACAAAUGUAUGAAGAAAAUUUUGUUCAAAUAUUUUAGGAACAUUGUUCAAGACCAGAAUAUUUUGAAUGGACAUUCUAUUAACAUUCGCUCAUUCUGAGAACAUUCCCUGC